GUUGAUGCUGAGGAAGCCUCCAGUGCAUCAAGCAGCAAGAGGAGACGCACACGCUCCCACAGCCUCCAGCUCCUUCCUGGUCCGGCCCGACUGGGUAAGCCUGGCCGCCUUCAGGCUCCUGCUCGCCGGGGAGGAGCCAGCCUCCAGCGUCCCCCCCCUCCCCCGACAAGCCACCACCAGCGGCGGGCUCAGGCUGUUCCGGCUUGCCGCCGCUGCUGAACGGAGCAAGGGAAGGCUUCCGCCGGGCCCGCGGUGACUCGCACCGGGCCCGGCCUACUUCCCCACACCCCCCUCCCUGCCGCCUCCGCAGACACCCUCGCCCGCAGCGGAGGAGCGGACCUCGACCGUCAGCAUCGUCGCCCCGUGGUGUUGCGGUGUCGGCGGGCGUGGAUGAGCCGCUGGAGCCGAGGCGGAGAUGGCUGUCCUCAAACUGGCCGACCAGCCUCCUCUCAUCCAGGCCAUCUUCAGCGCCGACCCCGAGGACAUACGAAUACUCAUAUGCAAGUCUGAAGACAUCAACGCUCUGGAUGCUGAGAAGCGCACUCCACUCCAUGCGGCCGCCUUCCUGGACGAUGCCGACAUCACCGAACUCCUCAUCCUCUCUGGCGCCCGGGUCAACGCCAAAGACAACAUGUGGCUCACCCCCCUCCACCGGGCCGUGGCGUCCCGCAGCGAGGAGGCCGUGCGAGUGCUGAUCCGCCACUCGGCCGACGUCAACGCCCGCGACAAGAACUGGCAGACGCCGCUGCACGUGGCCGCCGCCAACAACGCGCUGCGCUGCGCCGAAGUCCUCAUCCCCAUGCUGAGCAGCGUCAACGUGUCGGACCGCGGCGGGCGCACCGCCCUGCACCACGCCGCCCUCAAUGGCCACACGGAGAUGGUCAAUCUUCUCCUCGCCAAAGGAGCCAACAUCAACGCUUUCGACAAGAAGGACGGGCGGGCGCUGCACUGGGCCGCCUUUAUGGGUCACUUGGAUGUGGUGUGCCUGCUGGUGAGCCAGGGGGCGGAGAUAAGCUGCAAGGACAAGCGAGGCUACACCCCCCUGCACACGGCGGCCUCUAGUGGACAGAUAGCGGUGGUGAAGCACCUGCUCCACCUGGCGGUGGAGAUCGACGAGUCCAACGCCUUCGGGAACACGGCGCUCCACGUGGCGUGCUUCAACGGGCAGGACGCGGUGGUGAGCGAGCUGAUCGACUACGGCGCCAACGUCGGCCAGGCCAACAACAAAGGCUUCACGCCGCUGCACUUUGCCGCCGCCUCCACGCACGGAGCGCUCUGUCUGGAGGUCCUGGUCAACAACGGCGCCGACGUCAACGUGCAGAGUCGAGACGGAAAGAGUCCUCUGCACAUGACGGCCGUCCACGGGCGCUUCACUCGCUCUCAGACUCUGAUCCAGAACGGCGGCGAGAUCGACAGUGUGGACAAGGACGGUAACACGCCGCUCCACAUCGCUGCACGCUAUGGCCACGAGCUCCUGAUCAACACGCUCAUCACCAGCGGGGCCGACUGCACCAGGCGAGGCGUCCACGGCAUGUUCCCUCUGCACAUGGCGGCCUUGAACGCUCACUCGGACUGCUGCCGCAAGCUGCUCUCCUCAGGCUUCCAGAUCGACACCCCCGACAGUCAGGGGAGGUCCUGCCUGCACGCCGCCGCCGCCGGAGGCAACGUGGAGUGCGUCAAGUUGCUGCUGACGAGCGGCGGCGACCACAACAGGCGGGACAACUGUGGCAGGACUUCGCUCCACUAUGCCGCCGCCAGCCGCCACUACCAGUGUCUGGAGACCCUGGUGGCGUGCGGGACCGCCAUUAACGCCACUGACCAGUGGGGGCGCUCUGCUUUGCACUACGCCGCAGCGUCCGACCUGGACCGAAGGCGUCGUGUUGCCAUGGAGCCUGAGAGUGAAGGCGUGCAGGCGGAGCGGGAAAAAGAGGCGGCACUAUGUUUGGAGUUCCUGCUUGAGAGCGGAGCGACGGCCUCUCUCAAAGACAAACAAGGUUACAGUCCCGUGCACUACGCUGCAGCCUACGGACACAAACACUGUCUGGAGCUGCUGCUGGACAGAGAUGACGGUUACCAUGACGACCCCGACUGCCCUAACGCUGGGAGCCCCCUGCACCUGGCUGCGUACCACGGCCACGCUCAGGCGCUGGAGGUGCUGCUGCAAGGUGAGAGGGAGGUGGACCGCGUGGACGAGGUGGGCCGGACUCCUCUGGCCAUGGCGGCUCAGCGAGGUCACACGGACUGCGUUCACAUCCUCCUCAGCCAGGGGGCGUCGCCGCGCACCUGCGACACGCGGCACGGGGGCACGCCAGUACACCUAGCAGUGAUGAACGGACACACGCCGUGCGUGCGCCUCCUGCUGGACGAUUCGGACAGCGCGGACAUGACGGACGCCGCCGACUCUCAGGGACAGACCCCUCUGAUGCUGGGUGUGGCGGGCGGGCACGUGGACGUGGUGGCGCUGCUGCUGGAGCGCGAAGUUGAUGUCAACAUGGCCGACACGCACGGCAUGACGGCGCUGCACCUCGGGCUGCUGUGCGGCCAGGAGGAGUGCGUCCAGUGUCUUCUGGAGCAGGAGGCCUCUGUGUUGCUGGGCGACGCGCGAGGUCGCACCGCCAUCCACCUGGCGGCGGCGCGCGGCCACGCCUCCUGGCUGAGCGAGCUGCUGAGCAUCGCCUGCCCCGAGCCCGACUCGCUGCCCCCCCUCAAAGACCACCACGGAUACACGCCGCUGCACUGGGCCUGCUACCACGGUCACGAGGGCUGUGUGGAGGUUCUCCUGGAGCAGAAAGGUUGUCGCUGCAUUGACGGCAACCCGUUCACGCCGCUGCACUGCGCCGUUGUGAACGACCACGAGGCGUGUGCGUCACUGCUGCUGGACGCCAUGGGCUCAGACAUCGUCGGCUGCAAGGACGCUAAAGACCGCACUCCCCUCCACGCGGCGGCCUUCUCGGGUCACGUGGAUUGCGUCCAGCUGCUCCUUUCCCACGAUGCACCCGUGGACGCCGUGGACCAAUCGGGUCGCAGCGCCCUGAUGACGGCGGCCGAGAAAGGUCGCGUCGGGGUCCUCGAGGUCCUGCUCAACGGCGCCACCAGCAGCCUCCAUCAGGCGGACAAAGACGGCAACACCGCCUUGCAUCUCGCUUGUAAGAAUGGCAAAGAAGAUUGCGUCCUGCUGAUCUUGGACAAAUUGUCCGACUCGGCGCCAAUCAACGCCACAAACGCCGCGCUGCAAACCCCCCUCCACCUGGCGGCUCGUAGCGGACUCAAACAGGCGGUCCAGGAGCUGCUGUCCCGUGGAGCCAACAUCCAGACUGUGGACGAGAACGGUUUGACCCCCGCUCUGGCUUGCGCUCCCAGCCGCCAGGUGGCCGACUGUCUGGCUCUCAUUCUGGCUACCAUGAUGCCUUUGUGCUCCCCUUGCAGCUCCGGGGCCCCCUCCCCGGGCUCCCUGCUGAGGCAGCUGCCCCCCAAGGCGCCCAGAGUCCCCCAAGGCAGCGCCGGAACCCGCGGGCCGCGCAGCCCCCGCAACCCGUCGGGACCCUCCAGCGAGGGGACCACGGAGAACGACUCCGAGGACUCGGAGACGUUCUGACCUUCCCAGGUGACGUCUUUUGGGACCGAAGGAGAAAGAACUGCAUGUUUGUUCUCACGGGUGCUCCCAUCCAAACUGACCUCCUUGCUCCGUCUUACCAGAAAGACUUUUUUAAACUUUUGUACAAACCAAACUAGUUUUUCUUAUUAGGCUGCUUAGUUGUCCUGAACAGCAGCUUUCAACACAAUAAUAAUAUGGAUGGAACACCUUUAGUCAGUCGUAACAAUCACUUGAGGCACAACGCUGACUACGCGCCGCCAUUUUCCCGCGCGCCCACUUGGCCAACCAGGGUAGCCGACGUUAGCGUCUGAACACAUUUGAGGUCUUCCUCUCGUCGUUAUUUCUCUUUUCUUGUUACACAACGGUACAAAAACUGCCAGCACUUAAAAUGUCAACAACACAGAGCCUUGCCCUCUUCUAGCUCCGCCCCCUCGUCCCCCAUGUGACUACCUACCAGCGAUGUGCCAUCAAACGUCUGCAGUGCCUUGACGGGUUUUGGGUUUUUUAUACACUCUUCCUAGUAGAUACAGUAGAUCCGCACGCAGCCUGCAGAUAGCGCCACCAAACCACUUUCUAUUGACGUUACUAGAAACUAAUUCAAGCAGUGAAAAUAAAGGAUCUACUGUACUUAUUAGUUAGCAUAAAUCACAAGCAGCACAUUGUAUUGUUAUUUUACACCAACUGUCACGUUUACUACCGAGUUUAAGGGCCACACCCACAAAAUCAACAUUAACUACAGAGUUUUAGGGCCACACCCACAAAAUCAACAUCAACUACAGAGUUUUAGGGCCACACCCACAAAAUCAACAUCAACUACAGAGUUUUAGGGCCACACCCACAAAAUCAACAUCAACUACAGAGUUUUAGGGCCACACCCACAAAAUUAAAGGUUAUUCCGCCAAGAAUAUGGGUUAUUCCAAGAUAAUCUUUUACUUUAUUAAUGUUGCAAACCACGGAAAAAGCCAAAAUAUUACUGGAAAAGUCAGUUUUACAGUAAAGUUGUCAAAAAUGUACAUUUUAAAAAGUUGAAAAGACGAUAAAACGUUACAAAAAAAAUGUCAACAUUUUGAGGACAAAGACAACAUUUUAUGAUAAAGUUGCAAUAUUCUGGUCAAAAAAAGGUCAUUUUAAUAAUAAUAAUAAUACCUGGGAUUUAUAUAGCGCUUUUCUAAGUACCCAAAGUCGCUUUACAUGUUUUUCUGAAUUUUGUAAGAUUUUUUUUUUUUUUUUACAGGAGUGAAAAUGUAAUAAAAUGUUUUUUGAAAAAAGUUAAUUUUGAGAGGCGAAAACAUUUUUUACGCGUUUCUAAUAACUUUCUAAGACUGUCGGGAAUAUAAUUUUAAAGAAAACGGUAAUAUUACAAUAAAAAGUUGUAAUUUUAAAGGAAAUAAUUUGUAACAUUACAACAAAAAGUUUUAAUUUUACAGGAAAUAACUAGUAAUAUUACAAUAACAAGUUGUCAUAUUACAGUUAACAUGUAAUAUUAUAAUAAAAAGUUGCAAUUAGACAAGAAAUAACUAAUAAUAUUACAAUAAAAAGUUGUCAUUUUAUAGGAAAUAACUAGUAAUAUUACAAUAACAAGUUGUCAUUUUACAAUUAACAUGUAAUAUUACAGUAAAAAUGUGUAAUUUGACAAGAAAAUAUAGUAUUACAAUACAAAUGUUUGUUUUACAGGAAAAAACUAGUAAUAUUUCAAUAACAAGUUGUCAUUUUAUAGUUAACAUGAAAUAUUCCAAUAUAAAAUGGUCACUUUACAGGAAAAUAAAAUUACAUUAAAAAGUUGUCAUUUUACAGUAAAUAGCAGCUUGUAUUGUUAAUAUAAAAUUUCAUUUUUCUGCAUAAGUUGACAAUUGUACAAGGAAAACCACAUUUUUAUAGAAAUGAAAUAGUAAUAUUGAAAGUCAUAACUUUCCGUUGAAAUGAUGAGAACAUUGUUACAUUUUUUACAAUAACGUAAAAGGAAAAGUUGUAAUUUUACAGGAAUUACAUUUGCAUUAUGAUUACAUUUUUUGAGAAUGAUUUUGUAAUUUUACAGCAAUAAAGUUGCAAUAUUAAGAGUGAUAAGGAACAUUAUUUUGUGGUGCGGCCCUAAUACUCUCAAAUAGACAUCAGUCACAUAUUAAGACGAUCUACGGUAAACAGGAUUUGUGUGUUUGUACAUUUUUGUAUUGUCACUCCACUGGAGCUGGAAAGCAAACAUUCCCAUGUUGUUGAAUUAAAAACCAAACGGCUACGAGACUAAAGCAAAUCUUUUUUCUGUCAUUUGAGGUGAGAGAGAAAUCACUGAACUUUUUGUAUUACUGACCCUGACCACUAGAGGGCGCCAGCUGUGAGUUAACUGAAACGCUCAUCGUUCCAAAGUUAAUAUUAUUUUAUUGGGGAUGAUUUUCAUUAGGCAAUAUUUUACUUAGAAUUCAGACUUUCAGCAAGAACGUUCAUGUUUGUUGGUGCGCCUACAUGUCGUCUUUGGUACUGCAUUGUUAUGCAAUAUUGUAUAUCUUCGUCAAAUGAACUGAGGAGACGUAUUAUUACGUUUUUAAAACCACCAACAGUUCCUGAUGCAGUUUUUGUUUUGCUAAAUAUUACACAAUUAAAAAAGUAAAUGUGUUGCAGUUUGGCCUUUUUGUUUCCCUUUACUGAAUAGCAAACAGUCUCUCAAUUGGUUUGCUUUUUAAAAAAAUAUGCAAGAUUAAAAUGAAAAACACGAAUGGUUAAACUGAAAUUAAGUCAUCAAAGUAAUUUUUUGUGUACUUUUAUAUUUUAUUGUAGUAUAUUUUGAGGUGUUUAUUAGAGAUACAUUUGUUUUAUUACAUGUAUUAUUU